AUGGAGUUGUUUCACUUGCAUGUUCAUUUGGGGUACAACUGGAUGCCGCACUUUGAAAUCAAUGGAAUGGAUUCCUUGGAAAAGCAAAUCGAAGCAAAAAAUAUUGUCAAGAUGAAGAGAAAGAAGAAUGGCACGGAGUAUUUGAAGUUUAAAGAUUGCAAAACUUGCCAGGGGAAACAAAUAGCUAGCUGCUUGAGGAAAUGA